AUGGCCUUCCUUCUUCAAAAGCGUAUUCAGCCUCGCCUUCUCUCUGCGCUUGUCAAACCAGGUCGGAGGAAUCAUUCAUUGGCACGCUUCGAUUGGGAAGACCCCAUUUCCACAAAAAGCCUUCUCACUUCGGAGGAGCUUGACAUUCAAGAAACUGCCAGAUCAUACUGCCAGGAACGUUUACUACCUCGAGUCCUCGAUGCUUAUCGAAGUGAAAAUUACGAUCGAAGCAUUCUUCGUGAAAUGGGAGAGCUGGGUCUUCUUGGAGCCACGAUAUCAACUCAUGGCUGUGCGGGAGUAAGCAGUGUGGCCUCAGGUCUCAUCACAAAGGAAGUUGAACGUGUAGACUCAGGCUACAGGUCCAGCAUGUCUGUCCAGAGCUCACUUGUUAUGGGUCCUAUUGCCGAACACGGCACACAGGAGCAAAAGGACCGUUUUCUUCCCCAGCUAGCUCAAGGAACUAUGGUUGGGUGCUUUGGCCUCACAGAGCCUAAUCAUGGCUCUGACCCCGGAUCUAUGGAGACUGUUGCUCGUCCACAUCCAACAAAGAAGGGAUAUCUCUCUCUUUCAGGGGCUAAGACGUGGAUCACAAACUCUCCCAUAGCUGAUCUACUUCUGGUCUGGGCUAAACUGGAAAGCACUGGCAAGAUUCGGGGAUUUCUCAUAGAAAGAGAUCAAUGUCCUCCUGGGACACUUGAGACGCCGGCUCUGAAAGACAAGAAUGGCCUGAGAGCAUCCAUCACCGGCAUGAUCCAAUUAGACAGUUGCCCAGUCCCUGAAGAAAAUAUGCUUCAGGUUGAAGGUCUCAAAGGACCUUUCAGCUGUCUCAACUCAGCCAGAUAUGGUAUCGCCUUCGGGACUAUGGGGGCUCUUGAGGACUGUGUUGAUCGCGCUCGGACAUACGCACUUGACAGGAAGCAGUUCGGAAACCCUCUUGCAAAGUAUCAGCUUGUUCAAAAGAAGUUGACUGACGCUCUUACUGAUGCCGCCUAUGGUACAUUGGCUGCAAUUCAGGUAGGAAGACUCAAGGAUGAAGGUACAUUGGCGCCUGAGAUGAUCUCGAUCAUUAAGAGGCAGAACUGUGAUCGGGCGUUAGCAGGAGCUCGAACGCUGCAAGAGAUAUUUGGAGGCAAUGCUGCCUCAGAUGAAUAUCAUAUAGGACGUCAUGUAGCAAACCUCUUCGUCGUUCAGACAUAUGAAGGACAAUCUGAUAUCCACUCAAUGAUUAUCGGAAAGGGUAUUACAGGUUUGCAAGCAUUUUACUAG